AAUAUAUAUAAAUAAAUAAAUAAAUAAAUUUCUUCCCUCUCGAUAUAUAUAUACUUUUGUUGCAAUCAACCUUCCAAACAACCAUCAAAUAAUAACCAUAAUACAUCAUCAUAAACCAUACCCACCUCUCUUUCUCUGAACCUCUAGAAAUGCAAUGAUGAGGAUGACAUAUAUAGUAGAAAGCAGAAAAGUUUGAUGGAAUUUUGGUCCGGGAAAAGAGAAUGAGUGAAACGGUAGUGACUCUCCAUCCGCAAACAAGGACACCCAUUUCUUCUUUGGAUGCCAUGGCUCAUCAUCACCACCCACAUUAUCGGUCACAGUUCGGAGACACAACGUUCACCAAAUUGUUCGUGGGAGGACUAGCCUGGGAGACUCCCACCGAAGAAAUGCGCAAAUAUUUCGAGCAGUUCGGAGACAUUCUUGAAGCUGUCAUAAUCACUGACAAGAGCACCGGAAAAUCCAAAGGCUACGGAUUCGUAACAUUCUGCGAUCAGGAAUCAGCAAGAAGGGCAUGUGCUGAUCCAAACCCAGUAAUAGAUGGAAGAACAGCAAAUUGUAACAUUGCUUCUCUGGGAAGGACUCGACCUUCACCACCCCGAGGGAGGAAUAUAGUUCAAGGUGGAGGAGGAUCAGCACCGGCAGCGGGAGCACCGUCGCUGCCACCACCACCACCACCACCACCACCUGUUCUGUACCCACCAUAUGGGUGAGUUGAGUUAGCUUUGUUUCAUUAAUAAAUCAUAAUUUGGAGUCAAAGGAACUGGUCCAUGAUGUUAAUGGGGAAGUGCAUAUAGACGCACUACAUCUUACUGUCUGCAUAUGUUGCUAUUCACUGCUCCUCACCAGUUAUAGUAGGAAUCACUGUCAGCCUAUAAAUCAUAUCCAAAUACAAGUACAAAGGGGAAAAGGUUGCUCUGCCAUCCACAUAACGUGCAUUAUUGCACCUUCUAUUUUGCAUAAUCUCAACUCACUCUUAUAAUGCUUAACCAAAUGCAUUUUUUAGCUUAUUAGUCACUUGCAUUUAAUAUUUUUCGCUUCAUUCUUUCUGUAAAUCUAUAUAUU